AUGUCCGCUCCAGCAGCUAACAAUGUCGUUUCUUUCAAGGACCGGGCAACGGCCGAUCAGGCCAAACCCCACAACGAUCUCCUUGUCAUCGAGCUGACGAUCCAGGACAUCGACACCGGAUGCUUGGCCAAUAUUAUCUACAAAAGCACCCUCGAAAGAAUGGAUAUCGAUCUGUGCGCCGUUACGAAAAGACCCAGCCCGAUAUUCGGACUCUCGGGAAAUGCUACUAUGACUCUCGGCUCGAUCGACCUCGUUGUUAAAGCCGGGAGCGUCACCAAAGUCACAGAAUUCUUAGUCAUCGACCGCCCAACAUCGUACGACACGAUCGUCGGUACUCCAUGGCUGAAUUCCAUGCGAGCGAUCCCUUCGACAUUCCAUAUGUGCCUUAAGUUUCCAACCCCUCGUGGAGUCAAAACCAUACAAGGAGACCGCAGGAUGUCGCAAGUAUGUUUCGCCGCCGAGUUAAAAAGAAAGAACUUGGCGAUCGAAACUUCCCAUAAAAAGAAAAGAAAGCUGACUCUCCAUGAGAACGCCCCGGAACGAGACUCGGAAGUCUUCUGGCAAUCUCAAAGGGCCGAAGCCCUAGAAGGGAAGCGCGAACCGACUUGCGAACCGGUAAUUUCGAUCUGCCUCGACGAAUCCUCCCCGGAACGAUGCGUCGAGAUUGGAGCCAACCUCCGCGAGCCACUAAAGACGGAGCUCAUCGCCUGUCUCAAAAAGAACCUCAAUGCGUUCGCUUGGGCCGCAAAAGAUAUGCCAGGGAUCGAUAUCGGCAUAACGUGUCAUGAGUUUAACAUCGAUCCGACCUACAGACCCAAAAACGGCAAAUGGCGAGUAUGCGUCGAUUUCACCGAUCUCAACAAGGCCUGUCCAAAAGAUUGCUUCCCACUCCCGCACAUCGACCGACUGGUCGAAGCAACAGCAGGGAACAAACUCUUAUCAUUUAUGGAUGCCUUCUCCGGGUACAAUCAGAUCAUGAUGAAUCCCGACGAUCGUGAGAAAACUGCGUUCAUCACCGAUCGGGGAACAUAUUGCUACAAAGUAAUGCCUUUCGGUCUCAAGAAUGCAGGCGCCACUUACCAGCGACUUGUCAAUCGAAUUUUCUCCGAACAGCUCGGCAAGACUAUGGAGGUAUACAUCGAUGACAUGCUCGUAAAGUCUCUUGACGAGCACGACCACGUCUCCCAUUUGGAGGAGUGCUUUGCAAAACUUAACGCCCGCAACAUGAAACUGAACCCUGCAAAGUGUAGAUUCGCGGUGGCAUCUGGAGAAUUUCUCGGGUACCUAGUCACGUGUCGUGGGAUCGAAGCCAAUCCUAAGCAGAUAAACGCGUUAAUAGAGAUGGUCUCGCCAAGGACGAAACGGGAAGUCCAAAGGCUAACCGGAAGAGUCGCGGCCUUGAACCGUUUCAUCUCGCGCUCGACGGAUAAGUGUCUUCCUUUCUACGACAUGCUGAAAGGGAAUAAGAAGUUCGGAUGGUCAGAGGAAUAUGAGAAAGCUUUCCAACAGCAAAAACAUUACCUAGCCACUCCUCACGUCCUCGCAAAACCAGUGGAGGGAGAACCCUUGUUCCUGUACAUCGCAGUCUCCACGACAGCGGUAAGCGGCGUUUUGAUUAGAGAGGAGCGCGGUGAGAAAAAACCAAUCUUCUACAUAAGCAAAACGUUACUGGACGCCGAGACCCGGUAUCCCCUAAUGGAGAAACUAGCAUUCGCAGUUGUGACAUCGGCAAGGAAACUCCGGCCAUACUUUCAAUCGCAUACCAUAAUUAUCCUCACCACCUUCCCCCUGCGAACGAUCUUGCACAGUCCGAGUCAGUCAGGACGACUCGCAAAAUGGGCAAUCGAACUAAGCGAGUACGACGUGGAGUACCGCCCAAUAACCUGCGCAAAAUCUCAAGUACUAGCGGACUUCUUGGUAGAAAUGCCCACGGGGGAUAUGACAAACACGGAACCAGACUCAACCUGGAUUCUUCACGUCGACGGAUCAUCGUCCAAACAAGGAUCCGGGAUCGGAAUCCGGCUUACGUCUCCGACCGGCGAAGUCUUGGAACAGUCGUUCCGAUUGGAAUUCCAUGCGUCGAACAAUGAGGUCGAAUAUGAAGCACGCGUUGCAGGAUUACGAUUAGCCCAUGGGCUUAAGAUCCGCAACAUUCACGCUUACUGUGACUCUCAGUUAGUCGCAAAUCAGUACAUCGGCGAAUACGAAGCGAGGGACGAAAGAAUGGAUGCAUAUCUAAAACACAUCCAAGAGCUCUCCCGAGACUUCAACCACUUCACCCUCACUAGGAUUCCUCGCUCGGAAAACACUCAGGCGGAUGCCUUGGCCGCACUCGCAUCAAGUUCGGAUUCUGGACUAAGACGAGUAAUCCCUGUCGAGUUCAUCAAACACCCAAGCAUCGGACCACCAGUGGUCGCCAAUCUGAUUCGAGCACAAAUCAAAAAUGCGGAGGAUGUCGAAGACCCACCAGAAGAAAACGUGGAUCAGUCGGAAUACGGCUGCGACAGCCCAUGGCUAGAGCCAAUCCGAGCAUACAUAAUCAACGGAACACUUCCCACUGAGAAAUGGGCGGCUCACAAAAUCAUGACCCAGGCCGCGCGAUAUGUAACGGUAGAAGGAGAAAUCUACAAAUGGAGAUUCUCUGGCCCACUCAUGACCUGCGCCGAAGGCGAAUAA